GCCAGGUUUCCCGGCCAGUGGCGAACAGAGGGAAACCUGAGGUCAGCUGGGGGCAGACUGCUAACUCGUGAUUAGUCUCGUGAAAUGGGGACAUCAAACAACAACAUAUUCCGUGGAUCGGCAUUAUGUGUGGCCCGAGACAAGCGCUGAGCAAGUUUUGAGUCGAGCUCAUUACAUAAAUGUUGCCAUCACUUAGUACAGCUAUUCGUCCUUGAGGAGCAAGUACGGUCCUUUCAGCACAGCGACAAGGAGGGCCAAACGACAGUGAUGCAUCGAGCAUUACGACUCUUGGACAUCUUAACUAUUUUGUUUGAUGGCUGUUCUAACGAAACACUGGCGUCAGCGGCGCGAACUUGCAAAUCGUGGCAGAUCCUGGCUCUGCAACGUUUGUGGCGAGUGCUUGAAACUCCAUUGCCUCUCCUUUGGCUGCUAGGGUUUGAUGAUUGGGAAAAUACCAAAAGGGUGUUCGAUAUAGAUUUUGAGGCAUUACCAAGGCUCCAAUUUUACGCACGAUUUGUUCAAUCUAUCACCGUUCAUAGUGGAUACACUGAUGAUAGUCACAUUCAUCCCCGGCUAAUCGGCGAGUUUGCCCACAUGGCACAGUUUCUGCAUCCACAUCUUUUCCCGCAUCUCGUUUCUUUGGAUUGCCUCCUCGAUGGACCAGAGGCAAUCUGGAGGGCCAGCUUUUGGCUUGGUAUACGCCUUUCCAAGAUCUCGCUCUCUCUCCUUGAUUGUACAGAAGCUGCCUGUCUUCUAGCCAUUCGAUCACUCUCUCAUCACGGCGCCUUCUUGACAUCCCUCAGUCUGCACCUCGACCAAACUUCAGAAUUCAGUGAAGCCGUCAUCGAGUGCUUUGUGAAUGCAUUGAAGCCGCUGGUUAACCUUGUAUGCUUGACUGCAAACUGGGAAAUUCUUUUUACCCCAACCGUAUGGACUUGCAUUGCCCAGUUCCCGAACUUGAAGGAAGUCCGCUCAUCAUCCCUUGAGGAAUUGGACGCCGACCCACCCGAUCCCUCGGCCUGGUAUAGUUUCGAACCCCCCACAUUAGAUACUCCAUUCCCAUCUCUUCACACUAUCGCGAUGGCAGUCCCGUCUCAGUUAUCAGUAAUCGUCUUAGGGUAUUAUCCCUUGGAUGGCGUACGUUUCCUCGGACUGCUACUGACAGACAAAAAGGACGAUCCGCUAACAGAGCAGUCGCUAACCCGAAUCGUCACAAUAUGUAAAGGCUUACAUGAAUUACUCCUCGUGGCCCCUAAUUUUAGCCUCCCUGUGCUGAAACUGCCUCUAUUACCUAAUCUCACUCAUUUGACGGUCUGCACCAACGGCGUUGAGACGAUUAACAAUGCUGAUUUGGUAGAUCUAGGCUCUAAGAUGCCCAACCUUGAAGAUUUAGGUUUAAUCCCGGUGCAGGUCCAUGAUCCUCCAAGUCUAACGCUGGAAGUCAUACGGGCAAUCGCAGGCGUAUGCCCCCGUCUCGGGCGCGCUUCGUUGUACGUCAAUACGGACGUCUCGGAUAUUCGAUUCUCCUUCGACGACCCUCCUCUUCCUUCGAAUCACCCACUUUCUACACUAUGCUUCGCACCCUCCCCAGUCCAGAAUUGCUGCGAGGUGGCAAUGUAUCUGUGCACUGUGUUCCAGGACGCUCGACAUGCGCCGACGAUCAUGGCACCAGAAGUCAGUUUCGAACAACAUUUCAGUUGGGAGGGGCUAGAUCACAGAACGGAUCAGGAUCCUGGGGAGGGGUGGAAGUACGUUGCAGAGUUCAUGGGCACGCUUAGGAGGCGGAUCAUUCUUCCGUUCCAAAGGGAAUUGGAGGCGUUACGAGGGGAAGUCCGAUUUUAUACCGCCGGGAAGGGUCCAAUGAAGGAAAUUCCUGGCGUUUAAUGAGGGGACUGCAAUCGUACCGCUUGGUAUCGGUUGUACGGCGCGUUUUAGCAUUCCAUCGCACUCGAAACGGAGCCGACAGGUUCCUUUUUUAAUUUACAAUUUCUCAUCUUCAGAAAUUCGCUCCCUCGCCCACCAGCCAUUCAUCAGUUCGCAUUGCUCAGGGUCUCUGCCUUUUCCCUCCUUUCACCGAGCUGCUGUUUGACGUAUUUGGGGAGCGAAGUAUUUGAAUCUUUGCAAUGCCAGAAGGAAAUUUGCUGCCUUGAAAACAUGGGCCAAACGAGUGUGAUGGCAGGGUUCGGACAUAUAUACGUGCCUACUGUAUUUGCGAC